UAUAACUGAUAUCAAAUGAUAAAAUGUGUUAAUUUGAUAUAAAGUAGUAGAAUUUAGAACAUCUCUAUAGACAGUUAAAAAAUGAAAGUGUAAAAAAUUUAUAUUCUUUAUAAUAUAUACAUAAAUGGUUUUCUUUUGUCAGAAAAAAAAGGAACAUGCCAAAAUCGACAUUGUGGCAUUUCCUGAAAAUAAACAAAGACCACGGCAAAUUUAUCGAAAGCUCUCUCAACUUCGCAAAUCGAAUAUUAUUGGAGAAAUAAAUAAAUUAACUUUAGAAAAAGAACAAGAACUUUAUGAAAAAAAUGAGGAAACAAUAAGCUGUAUUAGAAGAGCACUUUUAAAAAAUGAAUUUUUAAGUAAUUUUGAAAGCUCUCAAAUUGAGACUUUCAUUUUAGCAAUGUAUUGCAAAACAAUUCCAGAAUAUACUAGAAUUAUUGAAGAAGGUGAUAUUGGAUACCACCUUUACGUAUCAGAAGAAGGUAAAUUCGAUGUUUAUGAAGGUGAAAUAUACAAAAAAAGUUUCGGUCCAGGAGUUGCUUUUGGUGAACUAGCAUUGCUUUACAAUAUAAAACGAUCAAAUACAAUUGAUGUAAAGGAUGGUGGUAAAGUAUGGGUCUUAGAACGAUCUGCUUUUAAAACAGCUUUAGAAAAUUAUGAUCUCUUUAACACAAGUGACAAUAUCAAACUAUUAAAAGGAAUUUCAAUUUUAAGCUCUCUCCCCGAUCAUGUCCUGCAACAAAUUUCUAAUUUAAUUAAUCUGGAAUUUUUUCCUCCAAAUACCCAGAUUUUUAAACAAGGCGAAGUAGGCGACAAAUUUUACAUUAUUAAUGGCGGAAGAGUAAAAAUCACAAAUUGGACAAAAGGAAGAGAAGAAGAAGAAGUUCUAGUUAUUCUAGGAAAAGGCGAUUAUUUUGGUGAGAAAGCACUUUACGAAGAUGGAGAAAAUAUUAGACAAGCUAAUGCUACUUCACUUUCACCUGGAAGUGAAUGUCUGACAAUUGAUAGAAAAUCUUUUCUACAUUAUUUGGGCAAUCUUCAAGAAAUUAAAAAUAAAGACUGGAUGGGAGAGUGUGCGGUGCGAAAAAAAACAAAUAAAAUUCGAUGGUUAAAUGAAUAUCCCGAUCUUUCAUUAUCGGAUCUGAUGGUGAUAGAUACACUUGGAAAAGGUAGUUUCGGACGAGUCGAACUUGUGACCGUCAGUUUUAUUCCAGGCGUAAGUUUUGCUCUGAAGAAAAUGAAGAAGAAAGAAAUCACUAUCAAAGGCUAUCAAAAUUAUAUUUAUAAUGAAAAGAAAAUUUUUCAAAUUUGUAAUUCUCCAUUUGUAAGCAAAUUGCAUAGAACUUUUAAGGAUAAGAAAUACUUGUAUCUUUUAAUGGAAGUAUGUCUAGGUGGAGAUUUGUAUUCAUUAAUUUUAAGAAAAGGAAAACUUGACUAUUUAACAGCUAAGUUUGCAAUGGCUUGUAUCAUAGAAGCUCUAGAUUACGUUCAUAAUCUUGAUAUUGUUUGUAGGGACUUAAAGCCAGAUAAUAUUUUAAUCGACAAAAGAGGAUAUCUUAAACUGACAGAUUUUGGCACCAGUAAAAUAAUUGGCACUAGUAAAUCGCGGACCUUUGUUGGAACUCCAGAAUAUGUAGCACCCGAGAUCAUACUAAAUAAAGGACAUGACAGAGCUGUUGACUUUUGGUCCCUUGGAGUAAUUCUUUAUGAAAUACUUACUGGAGUACCUCCUUUUGAAGAUGAUAAUGUUUUAGCUCUUUAUAAUAAAAUUUUAAAAGGCAUAAAUUCAACUCAUAAUUUACGAAAUAUUAAAGAAAAUGCAACCGAUAUGAUUCUAAAGCUUUUACGAAACAAUCCUAUCGAGCGUCUUGGAUACUUGCAAGGAGGAAUAAUGGACAUUCGCUUGCACAAAUGGUAUAGUUCUUUUAAUUGGUCAGCAGUUCAAAAUUUAUCAAUGCCUUCGCCUAUUGCACCAAACAUACGCUAUCAUCUUGAUACACGGUACUUCCAAAAAUUUCCUGAAGACUUGGAAAUUCCACCUGACGACUUUUCCGAUUGGGAUAAACAAUUUUAAAUGUAUUGCUUACACAUAGAAGACAUAUUGUAAUAUUAAAAACUUCUGACUUUAAA